AUGUAUCCGGGCUGUUACGGCAAGCUUCCAGCCAACCGCGCGUUCGGCGGCCCGCACGGCCCCAUCUUGGUCGACAGCGACAUCUGCAUAUGGAUCGUCCCGAGCCCCCUAAUCGAGGACGCAUUACUCGCCGAAUUGGUUAUUCGCGACGUAGAAGACAUCGUUCGGCACGCGCCCGUGCGCGAUGCCAUUGCUUCCCCAGAUGUUUUCCACAGCGAUCGUGGAAGCACAGGUUGA